UAUAUCUCAACUACCAAGCACCACCACCCGAUCGCUUCCUAUAAUAAAUUUUUGCACAAAUGUAUAUUUGAAACAUGGUUGUUGGCUUUAAUAAAUAGGAUGCACACAUCUUUGUAGUUUACGCUGUAUAAAUGAAACCGUAGCAAAGCACGGGCACACUACUAGUAUAAAUAUAAAUAUACAGCGAGCACUGAUCGAAGCAGCAGCAUACUGAAGCCCUGAAGGUAGCAGUAAGUAGCUGCACCUGCAUGCAGAUGCAGUCAUGCAGCUGAGGCCAUGCAGGAGGAAGCAACAAUGCAAGUCAUCCUCCUCCUGUUGCUCCCGUUGGUUCUCCCGGCGGUCAUCCUGAUCGUCCGGCGUGCAACGCCGGCGAUGAAGGCAUGCCUGGCCAAUCUCAAGUUCGUUCUAGCAGGUAAUAAGCCACCGGACAUGUUGGUCACGGACUGUGCCGCCGCGUAUGGCCUUCUCGUGCGGGGCAGGAGGACGGCCGGCGUCGGCGGCGGCGGCUCCUUCUCCAACCGCCUUUCAUCCAUGUCACCCAGCGCCGUCCUCUCGGGCCGCCGCUACCAUAACAUCACCUCGGCGCCCUACGGCCAGCUCUGGCGCGCCCUCCGCCACAACCUGGCCUCGGGAGUCCUCCACCCGACGCACCUGCACGGCGGCUACGCAGCCGCGCGGCGCCACGCGCUACGCGGCCUCGUCGCCGACCUCAGGGACCAGCAGCUCGCCAACGGCGUGGUGCUCGCCGCGGAGAGCAUCCGCGGCGCGGUGUUCGGCCUCGUCUCCGCCAUGUGCUUCGGCGGCGACGGCGCCGCCGACGCGGCCGUGGUCCGUGCCAUGGCCGACGUCCAGACGGAGCUCGUCCUGUCCCUGCCCGCGGCGCGCGCGUUCGUGUCCGUGCCGUUCCCGGCGCUGUCUAGGCUGAUCUACCGCGAGCGGUGGAACAGGCUGGCCGCGAUACGGCGGAGGCAGGAGGAGCUGUACCUCCCGCUCAUCGACGGCUGCCGCAGCCGUCGCCGGGAGCCUGGCGAGGCGCUGACUUACGUGCGCACGCUCCUCGACCUCCGGGUCCCGUUAGAGGAGCUCGAAGCGGACGGCAAGCACAACGCUGCAGGAGGCAAGCGGAGGCUCGAGGACGGUGAACUCGUGGGACUUUGCUCGGAGUUCCUUGGUUCCGCAACUGAAUCCCUGGCCGCGGCGCUGCAGUGGAUCAUGGCGAACCUAAUCAAACGCCCAGACGUGCAGGAGGCCGUACGGAGAGAGGUCGACGCUGCUGUGGACGCCGACGCCGAGGAGGUCGGGGAAGAAGCCCUUGCAAAGCUGGACCACCUCAAUGCUGUCAUCUUGGAGGCGUUCAGGCUGCAUCCCACCACCAUGUGGGUAUUUAGGCAGGUGAUGGAAGAAGACCAAGUGGUUCAUGAUGGUCAACGUGUUCCUACGGGCACCAAGAUCGUCUUCUCGUUGGAGGCUCUAGGGCGAGACAAGACAGUGUGGUCUGACGACCCUGGCGAGUUCAAGCCAGAACGCUUCCGUGCAUGCGGAGGCGGAGAAAGCACUACUGCCAAGAAGAAGCUGAUGUCCAUGGCCGCCGGGGACGAGACGAUGAAGAUGAUGCCCUUUGGGGCUGGCAGGAGGAUGUGCCCUGCCAUAAGCAUGUCGUUGCUCCACAUCGGCUACUUCAUGGCGAACCUCGUGCGGGAGUUCGAGUGGGGAGAGGCGGCGGAGGGUGAGCACGCCGUGGAACUCCGCUCGGAUGUCAGCGUCCUCCUGUUCAACUUCAUGGAGCGUCCGCUGCGUGCGCGCCUUGUGCCUCGCCGUCGACCCGUCGUCGUCGCCGACCGGAGGCCAAGAGGCAAGAGCCUUUAAAGGAUCAUGGAUGGGCAAGUGUUCCUGCUCGUCCAGUUGGAGCUAGCAGGCGAUCAUCCAUAGUGCUAUGCUAUGGGAUUACCUGGAGAUCUCUAUAGGCAAAGAAUGAAUGAGUGUGCUGUAAGAACUUUUAUUUCUAUUAUUUUUUGCAAAUAAAGAAAUACCUUUGAUUUC